UGUUAUAUAAUUGAGCAAAAACCUUCAUGGACAUAAUUCAUCAUACGAUUCUGUUUCUUGGUUGAACAUGCAGUGCAUUUAAAUUGAGUGUCAUUUUGUUGGAGUUGUGAAAAACCAACCAGGGUCUUUAUACAUGCUGAUGCAAUUUAACUCGUUGCUUUGGACCGCUCGAGGGAAAAGUCUCAAAUGCUGUGUUUAUCUGGGAACAAAUCUCUUAAAAUUCGAGAAAGGGGAGUAAAAAACUUCUCUAUCUCUAAGGGGCCCAAGUAACCCAACUAGUUUGCUGGCAGAUAUGCAAGGCAACCUUUUUUUCCAUCUUCCUUUGAAAUAGCAGUUGCGCAUCAUGAAUACAUUUAGCUUCACCAGAGCCAUAACUGCAGUGCAUUUUUUUGGGGUGUCUGACUUACGCUAAAAACUUUUGUCGGUCAUAUGAUAGUAGAGCCAUAAGUGAUGGCGGAGCGCAACGGUGGAGCUCCAAGUGCCAGGCCGGACCAUGGGUGCGGGACCCCCCCAGAACGGGAUAACUGGCACCCCCCGGGGAACCCCUUACCCCCAGGACUGAUUGAAGAAUGGAGGAAGACUCACGGACAUAUCCCUUCUCUGCCUGCAUACUGGGCGCAGCAGCAACAGUUUAAUGGCCCAGUUGAAUUCCGGCCCGACUGGAAUGCACUGCAAUACACUGGGAACUUUUCGGUUGCUAUGGCAACCACGCAACCUUCAAAUGCCUCAGAAUGGCAGCUAUAUCGGGUGCUACAGCGGGCAAACCUACUACAGUAUUACGACACAUUCAUAGCGCAAGGUGGCGAUGAUGUACAGCAGCUGUGUGAGGCCGGGGAGGAGGAAUUCCUGGAGAUUAUGGCCUUGGUGGGAAUGGCGUCCAAACCUCUCCAUGUCCGACGCCUUCAGAAGGCACUACAGGAAUGGGUAGCCAAUCCAGGUGCAUUCCAGGGACCAGGUACCACGCAGUCUUCGAGCCCCGCCCCCGGGAGUAUUACAGCGGUGGUGCGAGACCAGAACCUCGGCUACAUUCAUUCCACACCCCCUACAUCUGUGGUGAACGCCCCGACAUGGAACCCCCAGCCUGCCCCCCGGAGUGUCAGCCCAGCUGCGCCUGCCCCCGAUGCCCCCAGCCCUUCCUCUGGGUCGCCACAGAGCGACAUGAAGGAUAUACCUGUCACAAUGAGCGGUCUCCAAGACGACCUUAGUUUAAACAUGUGCGGUUAUCCCCUGCAAACAAGUCAACAUUCCUCGUCCCCCUUGCCUACACCCGUCCUCGUUGAGAGUCAAAUUCAGUCCAUAGCAGAGGCUGCUGCUCAACUCUCUAAGGAGUUACCUCCCUUUGAUGCUAAAGAACUCAAUAUGAAGAAACAGAUUAAUCGUGAAAUACAACAGUCUGUGAUGCAACUAACAGAUGAUGACCCGUCACGACUGGAUGAGCUUAGGAAGUAUGCUGCCAUAUAUGGUCGCUUCGACUCCAAGAGGAAAAACGAUAGGCCAAUGUCAUUACACGAGAUAUCUGUUAACGAGGCGGCUGCCCAGUUAUGCCGCCAUAUACCUACAUUACUGACGCGUAGAGAAGACUUAUUUCCGCUGGCUAGACAAGUUGUUCGCGACAGUGGUUACCAAUAUUCAAAAGGGCAUUCCAGUGUUGUGAAGAGUGAAAUAUUGGACCCUAGAGAGCUAAAGGCUGCCGAUGUAGUUGUGUCAAAGAAGCCACGAGUUGAUCCUGUUUUCCAGAGAAUGCACGACGCCAACCCCAAAACAGUGAAAGCAGAGCUUGACAAGAUUCAUAGAGAGGAGAGAAUGAAUUGCAUCAACCAGGACAUGAAACGAAUUAAGGAUCGACAGGAGGCCAUAAAAACUGAGAUUGUGACAGCCCGUGACACACAAAACAGCCCUCUAGUGCAGAAGCUUCAGCAGGAACUAGAGACAUUGACAGCACAGCAACUCGCACUUCUUACAGAACAAGGCGAGAUUAUUCGUAAACAGAAGCGUUCAGAAAGGUAUCUAAUGACAAAACCGGAAAGGCCAUGUGGACAGUAUGGCGACGAUGAUUUCACAGAUUCUUCCAACUUUCCAAGUGGCAACUCUUCCCCGAUGAACUCGCAAGACGGAACUGAACUGGACUUUACAAAAGUAGCAGUUUAUGCAGCAAACUUCCGUUCUUCAACUGCUCAAAAGUUCAUGCAGGAGACACUUUUUGACGAGGGUUUGAGAAUUGCUCAACAGUACGGCAUGGCUGAUUUUGCAGAGGAGUUAAAAGAACUGAAAUCUAGAAAAAUUCCCAAAGAAAAUGGUCGAGAUUCAGAUUCAGAAAUGUCGGACACUCCGAGUGAUUGUGGGCAGAAUGGACAGAAGAGAAAACGUUCUGACUCUGAAACCCUUCUCGAAGAGAGGAAUGGGAAAAGGGAAAAAGAUGAUUUGUCAUCUGAUGUGAAACUUCAGCAUAACAAUAACAAGGCCGAAAUUGCUCAAGCUCCAGAGUCUGCUGGCUUCGAAACAUCCCAGCAGAAUUCCCUGCAGUCCACUUCAAGCGAGGAAAGUGAUGACGAUGAUGACACCGAUUCCAUAAAAGGCAGGAAGGGCUAUGUAACUCGACCCAAUCAUAAUGGAAUCGGGAUUGAAAUUUCUGAACCUCUGCAAAAUGGUGACUGACAUACGCUUCUUGCAAGACAAUACAAUGGCUGUGGCGUUAAAAUUAUCUGUGAAUGUGUGUGUCGUAUGUGAAGCUGGAAAAGCAAUUCUGUGAAAUCUACAUUGAAAUGUCACGUUGUUUUCGCCAAGAAUGUGACCAUUACAUCGUCAGACCAGCAUAGGUACUUUUUUUCAACCGAGUCCAAGACUUGUUUCUCAUUGGUCAGAUUCUUGGCGAGACUGUUGUACUCAGUUUGUGAUUGGUCCGUCGAACAGACCGCUGUUUAACUUUAUUUUGUCACCUAUGACUCCUGGGAGACACUAAAUCUAAGGGGAGACAACUCUGACAGGAAGGCGUAGAUAUUAGCCAAUCACCCGAUGCCGUUUCUGUACAAGUUGCCUCCCCUGUGAUGGAGUCAAGAUCAUUGUCAUCAGUGGCUUUGUUAUUAUUCAGACAUUUUCGCUUCCAAAGUUACAAUUUAAAAAGUUGUACAAGCCUUCACCAUCUGUUGCCAAACUCAUCAGUUACCAUGGAAACAGUACCUUUUUCUUUGCCAAUAUGAUAAUAUUUUUAUUAUCAUUGUGAUAAAUUAUUGGGUAUGGUUAUUUGUAAUGUGCAAACAGUUUUUAGGGAACAUGAUACCAACUUCCUCUACCAUGCAAUAUGUUUUCAGGUAAAUACUAUUCUACACAGCUGAUUCAGAUCAGUGUGACAGCCGUAUAGUUAUCAAAUCUUCACAGAAUAUCUCAUAAUUUAAUCACUGAAAAGAGGGGAAGAAAUUUCACAUAAGAGAUGCCACAAGAGAUACAAUAGUUGCAAGUGAGAAAUAAAACGUCAGAAUGAACAAUACCAAAAAGUGAGACAGGUUCUGAGGUUCUGUUUCCAUGGUUACAUUAUGGUUGCUGCUGCUUCGUGGCUUCCUCACGUCUCUCCUCUGCAAUGGAGAACUUGUCCUGCUCUGGACAUACAUGCGUAUGUGCGUCGUGCAAUGUGUUGUCAUGUAUUUAUUUGGAGAAACAGACAGUUUUUUGUCUUGCCGUUGUACAUAGUUAUUUAUUUUCAUUAAGAAGAUCAUGUAGGUAGCUUGGCCUAGCAAGCAGAAUCGCGAGACAAAAAUCAUGGUUCCAAUUAUGGCCUUCCUUCCUGUUGUUCUGUUCACUCCAAUGUUGUUGCAACAACCGUUUCCAAGAGUUUUUCUUGUGGCAGAGUUGUCAUGUUCUAGUUCAUUUUCCAUAUUUAUCAUACUUUCAUGCACAAUCUAUCACAUGUUUAACUGUGGGGUAGACAGUGGAAUAAUGUUGGGCUAUUUUUUUCUGCGACACAAAGUCAACCAGCGCUGAAAUUAUGCAUGUGUAGAAAACACUAUUAAUUAGUUUUUCUGAAAAUAGUACAUCUUUUAUCAAAAUUUGAAUUUUUGAAAGUACUUAUAUCACUUAUUAUGUAUAAUAUUGAUAAAGGUUGGGAAUGACCAUAAGAUGUCAGUAAAAUUACAAAAUUGUAAGUAUGGUUGCUUUAGAAAUUGACCCAACACUUUCAGAACAUGCAAUGCUCUAGAAUUUUUUAAGAUUUUCGGGUAUUAAAAGUGCUCUUGUUUUUCAACCCAAGUGUGACAUUGUGGCACAAACAUGCAAUUUGUACUGAAAUUAAGUGACAUUUACACUGAGUGAAUUAAAAUUUACAAGUCCAGAAUAGCCAUAUAUCACUCAUGUUCAUAUCAACUAGGCCAUUGCUGACAGCUAUUUGAAAUUGGAGGAUAUUCAGUUUUUAAUGUCGUUAUUUUCAUGAAUAUUACGUGUAGAGAAAUGUAAAAGUGAACCUUUAUUUCCUGUUGACGCUGGCUCAAGUUAAAUAUUCUUCUAUGUCUAUGACAAACUAACAUGGAGGUGCUCCUGUAGAUGGGAUGACGGCACGUUAGGUAACUCCCCCCAUCUUCCGGUUACAGCCAAACACUAGUUUCUCACUGCUCUCAGAGACGUACGCCGCCAAGUGUUCAGAGGUUUUACUGAAACAGGGAGACCAUGACCAGACUGCAUGACCUUUCUCUUGAUUUAUUUUAAUGAGAUGUGAAAAUAUGGUUCUGAAUAUUCAACAACAAAAAUUGGUGUCCUCAACACUGACUUUUGUCUUCUGGCAAACAAUGGAGAAUUUUUCCAGAAUAAUCGAGUAAGAAAACUAAAUUGGUCUGGCUGAAAAAGAUUUGAUUUUUGAUCAGUACCACAACAUUGAUCAUUUGAAGCUAAAGUUCAGAAAAACGAACAGAAGUGUCCAAACUUGAAACAUUUAGAAUAAGUCGGCUUUAUUUAUGUAUUACUGAAUGAAAACUUGAUGCUUUGUGCUUAUCUUAUGAUUUUCAUGUCUCUGUCUUCGCUGAUGGGUGAGAAGCGUUUCUGGUGUGAUUCGAAGCACCAAUGAUACUCAAUACUAUAGUCUCCAGACAGAUGCAGUGAUUACACUCCGCCAUAAUCUAUUGAUGAAUACUACUCCAACAGUGACCUACGACUGGAAGCAGGUUGCCAGUACCAUCAUCAAUACCAACAAGCAAAAAUAGAGACUCUGUGUCAGCUUUACUUCCAAUUUCUGUAGAAAGAGAUCAAAUAUGCAUUUGUGGCAUAUGGGACAAUUUCAUUUCAUAAUAAAAGCUAGAAACUUUCGUGCCAAAACACUCAAAUAUGAUGAAAUAUCGGCACUAGGGAUAAGCCACUGCUUUCAAUGACCCUAAGGUAGGUGGGGAAGGCGAGUGGUUAAUGCAGUUGCUUGUCAUGUCGAAGUCCCAGGUUUCAUGCCCCACAUGGGAACAAUGUGUGAAGCCCAUUUCUUGUGAUUUUUCUGGAUUAUUUUAAAGCAGCACAAGCCCACCACACAUUCAAUGGUGCAUCAGAAUAUCCUGGAACCAAUUGUAAUUAAAGUGUUUCAAAAAAAGGUUGGCUUAAUCCCCAAGUUAAUGAUUCCGACAGCAAGCAGUAAUAACUAGACAUGGCUACCAGACUUCAUUGCUCCUCUUUAUUCGACUUUAGUUAGUGAUAUUGUGAUAAUCUUGAGCUAUUCGGGCGGGAAAUGUUUAUAUUCCUAACAUAUAGAAAUAGCAAUGGAAGUGAAGUUGAAGACCACUAAAAUCACAGUCAGAUAUCAUAUUGAAGGUUCAAUUGAGAUCUUUAUGUUGUUCUAUUCGACUGUAACAUACUGCUUCAGACAAAACAGUCUCUAUUUUGCUUUUUGAUAUUGAUGGUUGACUUUUACUCCAAUGAUCAGGUGUGGAAGUUUCGUCUAUGAAUUCGCUGUUUUUAAGACAGCCAUGUGACCCCAGAUCGUCAUGUUAUAUAUAUAUACACUGUGAAAUAGUUGAAGCAACAAAAAACAUUACAUUCCACAGAGUGUUUGACUGUUGUUGAUAGUUGUAUAUCCCCGAAUAAAUUCUACAAGGUAAGAUGAAAUCUUCAGGAUAUCAGUUUUGAACUGAGUAAUGGUAGAAAAUGGUUUGAUUACGUUACAAAUUACCCUCCUUUAAUUGAACAUAAAUUUAAAUUUAUGAUUAGUGGGUGUGUCUGAAAUUGUGUGAUAUGAGUGUUCUAAUAUUUCAUAUUUAAUCACAUUCAUGUGGACAACAACAUUGAGCCAAUUAAAUCACAGCAAACAUUCUCUAUUGCCCAAUCAAAAUAUAAGGAUGUUAUGUUUAGAUCAGUAAAAAUUGUGCUGUGUGAUACAUAUUUCAUUGACAUUCAUAUUCACAAAAGGCAUCUCUAUCCCCUAUCAAUAUUCAAGUGCUAUAUAUUUUUAUUGAGUCCAAAAUAAAUUAAGAACACUGUUUUAGACCAUAAUGAAUUGUGAGAUUUUCAUCACAAGCCAUCUCAAUUUGUAGAAGAGAAGCCCCACUUGAAUUUAUGCUACUCAAAAAUGUAAAGGACAUAUUUGAAAUAUUUGAAAUUAAAAUCUGACAAAUACUUUAGUGCGAUUGGGAAAAUAGGAAGUUAUUUUUUCCAUUUUUAGUAUUUGUUCUAAAUUCAUUCUAUCCAUAUAUACUACUCAAAAGAAGUUAAGGAUCACCUGAUUCUUUCAUAUUACUAUAGUUAAUCUCUCAUAGCAUGACAGAUUAACUUUACCAUUAUGAAAGAAUUGGGUGAUCCUUAACUUCUUUUGAGUAGUAUAUAUAUCCACAAUGGAUAGUUUCUACGACUCGCCCACUAAUCAAACUCUAAUCUGAAAUUAUUGAAUAGAUCUUGCUUUGUGCAGGGACUUUUAAGACACAUUUUGUUAAAUUUAAUUUCCAGAUUGUUGAAUGAUGUAGUUACUGACAGCACCGACAUUACCUCUUAUGCAUUUAGUUAAACUAACAUUUGAAGUGUAUGCACUUUUUGGAAUGAGAAUCAAGUAAUUUAUCCAACGGCCAUUUCAUUUGCCUUAAAUAGAGUCCUAUUAUAUGUACAUAACAUGUGGCAAUUGAUAUUCUUGACUUUUGUUACUCUCAGUAUGGAAGGAUGAGAACCUGUUCUUGUGGGAAAUAUUCUGUUUUUUUUAAUGUUUUUGUUAAGUCUUGUUCAAAUCUCAUGUACUUGAUUCUGACAAUAAAGUACAGUUACGAUGA